AUGGACGACAACGACGAUUUCGUCGUUGUCGUUACCUGGUGCCACGUCGCAACCGCGACAUGGCAACGAAACGACGAACGACGAAAUGUCGUCGUUCGUCGUUUUGCCCGUCCUUCAUCCCGAACCAACAACAACCGUGCCACGUCAGCACGUUAG